AUAGACGUGACAAUCAAGCGUACGCGAAAAGACACGUCUCUGCUGCUCCAUCGGAAGGAAGUACGACUCAGUCUGCCGAUCCUGAGGCACAUGGCUCCCAGACACAGAUUGCCAAUGUACAUCUACGUCGUCAACGAAUCGUUCGUCGCUCAAGAAAUGAUCAUUCGCGUAAAAGCCGCUAGGGCGCAAAAAACAUUCAGGCUGAAAAAGUUUCCUUUCGGAUUCACGCUCACUAGGUAUCGACUUUUCGGCGACGGCACCAUUCACCCCGAGAAGAUCAUACGCUCAUUGGAUUUCGAUGGAACGUUUAAAAGUGCGUUCAGAGUGCCGUGGCCGAAACAACAGGCGGCACAGAAGUUGGUUCGAACACUGGAGGAAGACGAGGAAAUUUCAGAACAUGAAGAAGAAGUAUACGAACAACGACCAGAAGAGAACAGAGAAGAAGAUGGGCAAUCAGAAGUCGAGGAGGCAGAAGAGGAGGCCGGAGAAGAAGAGGAAACAAAACAUUCUGAAGACGAAUAUGAAGACAGCGAGUGUGGUUCUGCAGAAAUCGUUAAAGUACGGUUACCGGUCGACAGUUUGCCGUACCUCCAAUCAAACGUCACUAGGUGA